AUGUCAGAAGAAAACGAUAACAUUGAGGUUCAAGAUGUUCCCUCUCCCGAACAGUCUAUGGGUAGCGACUCUAACGAAAACGAGUCGAUGAACAACAUUAACGACGAUGAGCAGAGCGAAUCUAAUGAUCAGGAAGAAGAACAGGAAGCCGAAAGAGAGGAAGAAAAUGAAGAACAACAUGAACUGGAAGAUGUAAAUGAUGAAGAAGAGGAAGAAAAGGAGGACGCAGAAGGGGAGGAGGAGGAGGAGGACGAGAAUGAGGAAGGAGAGGAGGAAGAGCAAGGAAAUGGCAACAGUUCUGCAGAAUUAGAUAGUUCUAGCGAAGACGAUGAUGACGAGGAGGAGGAAGAGGCGGAGGAAGAAAGCGAUAAACCUAAAGAUGAUCAAGCAGAGAGCACUAGUAUGAAUAGUCCAAAUGAAGAAUUACAAACAGAACAAACUGGCGCUGAUACAGCUGGGAACGAAGUAAGUGGUGAAGAAAAUGAGAAUACUCAAUCAGUUAACAUGGAAAAUGUUAAUUAUGAGCUUCUACAGAAGCAAGUCAAAUAUAUCAUGGACAGUAAUAUGCUAAAUCUACCUCAGUUCCAGCACUUACCACACGAUGAAAAAAUGUCUGCCAUCUUGGCAAUGCUAAAUUCAAACUCUGAUACAGCUCUUUUUUCACCUGUGCAAGAAGCUCCUGUCGCGACGGCUGGAACCAUGGCCCCAGCCCCUACAGGUAGUGCCAAAAACAUCGACCAAAGAAAACCUCCAUUAUCGGAUGCUCAAAGACGUAUGAGAUUACCCAGGGCUGAUUUGUCUAAACCAAUUACCGAAGAGGAACACGACCGUUACACUGCUUACUUGCAUGGUGAAAAUAAGAUUACAGAAAUGCAUAAUAUUCCACCCAAGUCAAGAUUAUUUAUUGGUAAUUUACCACUUAAGAACGUGUCCAAGGAAGACUUGUUCAGAAUUUUCUCUCCAUAUGGUCAUAUCAUGCAAAUAAACAUCAAGAACGCCUUCGGGUUUAUUCAGUUCGAUAAUCCCCUAAGUGUAAGGGACGCCAUUGAAUGCGAAUCACAAGAAAUGAACUUCGGCAAAAAAUUGAUAUUGGAAGUUUCCAGCUCUAACGCCCGUCCACAAUUUGAUCAUGGUGAUCAUGGCACCAAUAGCAGUUCCACGUUUAUUUCUUCUGCUAAACGCCCAUUCCAGACCGAAUCUGCCGAUAUUUACAAUGAUGAUAACGGUGCUAAUUUCAAGAAGUCCAAAAGACACACACCUUCAUGUGUUAUAUAUGUUAAAAGAACCGCGGACCGUACUUAUGCCAGUGAGGUAUUUAACAGAUUUAGGGAUGGUACCGGUUUGGAAACCGAUAUGAUUUUCUUAAAGCCAAGAAUGGAAUUAGGCAAAAUGAUUAACGAUGUCGCAUAUGAUGGUGUAUGGGGUGUUGUAUUAGUCAACAAAACGCAUAAUGUUGAUGUUCAAACUUUCUAUAGAGGUUCACAAGGCGAAACAAAAUUCGAUGAGUAUAUUAGCAUCUCUGCUGAAGAUGCGGUUGCAAUUUUUAAUAAUAUCAAAAACAAUAGAAAUAGUUCCCGUCCCACCGACUACCGUGCCAUGAACCAUCAACAAAAUGUAUAUGGCGCUCCUCCUCUUCCUGUGCCAACUGCGCCGGCUGUUGUACCACCUCCUCAACCGAACUAUUACCAAAAUUACGGCAUGCCUCCUCCACAACAACAACAGCAGCAACAACCUUAUGGCCAAUCAUAUGGAAUGCCCCCACCAUCUCACGACCAAGGUUAUGCGGCACAGGCCCAAAUCCCUAUCAACCAAAACUACGGUCGCUACCAAAGUUCUGUGUCUGCGCCACCACCUCCACAACAACAACAAAUGCCUCAAGGGUAUGGUCGUUAUCAAGGUGCUCCACCCCCACAGCCUUCUUCCCAAACUCCAAUGGAUCAGCAACAACUAUUGUCUGCUAUUCAAAAUUUGCCUCCAAACGUUGUGUCAAAUCUACUUUCCAUGGCUCAGCAACAGCAACAGCAACCUCACGCUCAACAGCAAUUGGUUGGUUUAAUCCAAUCAAUGCAAGGCCAGGCUCCCCAACAACAGCAGCAACAGCUGGGUGGAUAUGCUUCGAUGAACCCAUCGCCCCCUCCUAUGAAUAAUUACAAUGGUCAAAAUAUGUCUGCAAAAUCUCCAGUCCCACCUAUGCCACAUCAAGGCCAACCCCUGCAGCAACCCCCACAACAGCAACAACAGCAACAACAACCUCCACAUCAGCAACAACCCCCACAACAACAACAUCAUCAGCAACCUGCUGGAAAUAAUGUUCAAAGUCUAUUAGAUAGUUUGGCAAAACUACAAAAAUAG